AUGCCGCCGCCGCUGCCGCUGCCACCGCCGGUGGUCAAUGGGACUCUUCGUGGCUGGCCUGGUCCUUCUGUAGGAGAAGGAGUUGGUGGCGUUAUUGAUCUCGCCGAUGGCGGUGCCGCCGCGUCGCUGCCUUCGAAGACCGGCCUCCCCUAUAGACUUUCGGACCAUCGCAAGAAUUGGGCCAUUUGGUUCGCCUGCUUCUGCUUCGACGGCUGUGUGCUUCCCAUCAUCCUGUUCUACGCUCUUUGGUUCUCGCGCGGCUAUCGGCUACUGAUCAAGCGCGAUCCAAAGUACAGACCGAUCAACGGGGGUCGGUGGUGGUUUGACUGCUCGUAUUACGUCCUGUCGGUGGCGCUGGGUAUCGUCAUCGUCGAGCUCGUCGCCGCGACGGCGACAAAGGACGUCAAAGUAAAAGUCAUCGCCAUGGCGCCGCCGUCCGUCCUGUACACCGUAGCCGGCUACACGCUGCUGCAGAACGCGGCGCACUGCCUGCGCAUCCGGGCGCCCGUCACCCUCUCGUCCAUCAAGCGUGGCUCCCUGACGCCGCCCCCGCUCUUCACCGUCAUAGAGGACGUCUUCGCCGUCGACGGCUGCCAUCUGGGCUUACCGGCCCGGCACGCAAUGCUCGCCACGUACAAUGCCAGCGCGAGAUUUCGCAGUACGCUGAUGUGGUGGUCAUGGGCUUGGUGCCUUGCCUGCCUGGCCGUCGCGGCCGGCUUAUCUAUCGUGGUAGGGCUCACGGAGGGAACAACCGGCUUCGGAAUCACUUACGGCGUCUCUUUCCCAUUCAUCGUGUUCAUGUCCGUCGUCACCGCAUUCUGGAUGGAAGCCGAAGACGCACGAGGUGCCUUCGCGGCGCCCGUGGGCCAAGGAAAGGCCCUGCGGAGUGUCUUUUCUGGCGCAAACGGCAGAGCUGUAUAA